UCUUCUACUUCAACUGUAAACGAAUGGAUCGUAGCAUUGAUCGUCGUCUCUGUGGGCACUGUCACCAAUCGAUUGGAAGUGAGGCACUUGUCGCCAUGAAUCGUCUCUGGCAUCCGGACCACUUCACGUGCUCAUCGUGCAAACGUCCGAUCAAGCAGACGUUCCAGGCUGCCGACAACCACGCCUACUGUGUCCAGUGCUUUGCUCAAAAGUACAACCCGAAAUGUGCUGGAUGCAUGGAAACUCUCGUCGACACGUGCCUUCUUGCUUUGGACCGACACUGGCAUCCACGUUGCUUCACGUGCUCCUCGUGCAAUCGCCCAUUGCCAAAUGGAGAAUUCUAUCUGGUUGAUGAUAAGCCGUACGACUUGGAUUGUCACUGGGCAAAGCGUCUCGAGAAGAGAGAGCACAUGGAACGUGGUGAACGUUAAGAAGAACGCCGUUAAUUUGUCGAACUUCCCCACUGUUUUUUUCCUUGUAUUCUUGUGAUGCGAGACUAGAAUUCUCGUUGCCUUUCUUUCAAUAAAAUUUAAUGUUUUU